AUGCAUGAGGAGAUAUUUGCUCUAGAGGAAAAUGAUACAUGGGUUUUAACUGCUCUUCCUCAUCACAAGACAGCCAUUGGUUGUCGUUGGGUUUAUAAAAUCAAACAUCGAGCUGAUGGGUCCAUCGAACGUUACAAGGCUCGCUUGGUUGCUAAGGGUUACACUCAAAUGGAAGGUCUUGAUUUUAUUGACACUUAUUCUCCUGUUGCAAAGCUCACUACUGUUAGGUUAAUUCUUGCCCUUGCAACUAUGAACAAUUGGCAUCUUAAACAGCUCGAUGUUAACAAUACUUUUCUCCAUGGCAUUCUUCAUGAGGAGUAUGCCCUUGAUAUCCUUACUGAUACUAGUUUAUUGGGUGCUAAACCUGUUAGCACUCCGAUUGACUACUGCACCAAGUUACAUAAAAAAUCUGGUACUAUUCUUCCUAAUCCUACUCCGUAUCAUCGAUUAAUUGGCAGAUUGAUUUACCUCACCAAUACUCGUCCUGACAUUUCUUAUUGUGUCCAACAUUUAAGUCAAUUUGUUGAUUCUCCAACAUCUGCUCAUCAGCAAGAAGCUUUUCACAUUGUUCGAUAUCUCAAGAAUGCACUUGGAUGUGGUCUAUUUUUCUCUAACAACAGUCAUCCUCAGAUCAAGGCCUUCAGUGAUUUUGACUGGGCUGGUUGCCAUGAUACUCGUCGGUCUGUGACUGGUUUUGCGGUUUAUCUUGGUUCUUCUCUCAUUUCAUGGAAGUCCAAGAAACAAGCUACGGUUUCUCAAAGCUCCUCUAAAGUAGAAUAUCGUGCUCUUGCCUCUACAACUUGUGAAAUUUAG